GAAGGACUGUUUUGUGCGCCACUGCACUACAAACUUGACGGACGUACAUGAGGACAGCGCACCGAUAACUUAUCUUAUUGCUGGGCUGGUGGAAAAUUCAUAACACUUUGGAGGUUGAUUUGUGGAUUAUCUGCACCAGACCUCAACAUAGCUGUUUGACGGACCACAAUGGCUGUGUACUCCAGAUACCUGGAUCUCUCCUUGCCUUGACAAUACAGUUUACAAUUAAACGUGAGAAAGACAAACAUCUCAUAAUACUUAGCACCAACCAGGAGUUUCUUUGUUGAACUGUUUCUGUUCUUGUUGAGUAUUAUAUCACUGAGCGACUUCAUCAGACAUCACCAUGCCUAUCCUCAAGCAGCUAACCUCGAACCAGUCCAAGCGUCGCUCCCGAGCCGACCUGACUGCAGAGAUGAUCAGUGCCCCUCUCGGGGACUUCAGACACACCAUGCAUGUAGGUCGUGGUGGCGAUGCCUUUGGGGACACCUCAUUCCUGAGUACCCGGUCUGGGGAGCCCCCUAAAGAACCAGCUCCAGAGGUGCAGCAGAGCUCGCCUGGACCUGUCCCCAAACCAGGCCUGCUGUCCCGAACCUUCAGGAGCAGUAAGCGCUCCCAGUCAGUGAACCGUGGCGAGAAUGCAUUGGAACCCCCUGGUGGCUCGCCAAACUUUGUGAAAAACGCCAUCUCACUGCCCUACCUCAACGACGAUGAUGCGGGCAGGAUGGGCGGUGGUCCCCAGAUGCCCAAGAGCGUCUCCUCCAGCCCUCUGAAGAAGCUGCCCGAGGUCGAAGGAAUCAGAAAACCGGUCAACGGUGCCGCGGCCAUGGACCUGGAGUUCGAUGAGCGGAACUUCGGAGAACUGACUGACCUGCCACCGUCCCAUCUUCGAGGUGGUGGGAUGAAGCAUGCGGAGUCCAUUAUGUCGUUCCACAUCGACUUGGGUCCCUCUAUGCUGGGAGACAUCCUCAGCGUCAUGGAGAAGAAGGGCUGGGUUGAGGACGACCUGGGAUACGAGGAGGGGAAGGGCAGCGAGGGCCGUGGGUCACCCCCCCUCAGACCUCCCACCACGGAGGACAAUGUUGAGGACCAGGUGGAUCUACAGCCGCCAGUCAGGCCCCCACGCAGCACCUAUCCCCAGCAGAAAAUCAUGGCAGACCCCCCCAACACCCCUCCCAGGAACUACCACAGCCACCUGGACAGCUGCUCUUUUUCCUCCUCCGGCUCCGCCGCUCUUGAGGAGAAACCACUCCACCACCUGCAGGAGGGGGACACGGACAGCGCCAAGUACAGCUCUCCGGGGGUUGGGGGGGAGGAUGACAAAGACUUCUCCUUCAUGGACGAGGACGAAGAUGAAAUCAGGGUGUGAAACAAAACAGGGCUGUAACACCACCGACACAGAACGUGAUUUAUAAAGACACCAGAACAUGGUUUGCGAGGACACGGCUGGAGAUGCGUAUUCUUCAUGAGUUUUGAAGCUAGUACAAGCCUGGGAGGGAAGGGUUGGUGCACCUACAUUUUUACAUAUGGAUCUAUCCAGAGAAUCUCUAUGUGCACACCUUAUUCUGCUAUACUUCCUGUAUUAGGAUUCAAUCACUCACCAUCUGUUACUGAGCCUUAUUCACUCCAGUGUGUGUGUGUGUGUUCUACAGUUCACGGAAACAAAAUUCCUGUCCUAUGAGUCCUUUUACUCUAGCCAUUACAGAAUUACACACACACACACACACACACACACACACACACACACACACACACACACACACACACACACACACACACACACACACUAGUUAUUGGUUUGAGGAUUUCCUUUUGUAGAAAUACAAUCUGUCAUUAUGAUGAUCUAAUCCCACAGUUCCAAUAUGUCAUCAGUGUGUUUAUGCUUUAAGGGGGCACAUCUCAAGGAUCUCAACCCUCAUAUCCACUUAUAUCCAACAUGAACAUAUCCCACCCACGCCCCCAUUGUCUUUUCAUCCAGAGGAUUUCCCUUCCCUAACAUUCCUUAUAGCGCAUUAAUAAGGAAGGGAAAGCCAACCACCAACCAGCGAUCUUCACACUGUCACAUUUUUUAAAAGCGGAAGUAUGGAGGUUGACCGAGGUCACUUUUGAUCAAACGGCAGUCCUCCUCGAGAGAGGUGUGAUGCGUUAGGUGGAGGCCGGGUCAUAUGAUGUAAUGGGAUGAACGGUAUGUUUUUCACACAGCUUUGGAGGAAGGAAGAGGGGGAAAAGAAAUGAAGAAGAGAAAAGUAUCCCAGGGUUUAGCUAGCGUAGCCGCAUAGCCUUGGGGCCUUGAAUUAAUUGUGUGUGUUGAGUGAAGUGAGAAUCGUGAGAUGCAGUUAAAAUAUUGGUUUGUUAACGUUCAGAAGUUUUAAGUUUCUAGUUUUUUUUCCUACAUUUAUACAUUGUAUGCACAUACAUACAUAAUUGGUCUUCUACAUAAUUGGUUUGUCUUCUAGCAGGUUCUAAAUGUCACAACUUGGUGGUUCAUUAUUCUAACCAUUAGUCAGCUUUAGUGUCAACUGUUCACUUACAAUGGACCAGUUUUCUAAACAUGCUCUAUACAUGCCCAACACACUCUGAUGUCAUAAAUGAGCCAACAGUUUCAUUUGUUAGUAACUACUUAAUGGAUGUGCCCUGUUUUAAGUCACCAUGUUGAUUAAAGGGAGCUUUGUUAAAGUUAGGGUGGAUUUUGGAGAUCUUUAGUUCAUCCAAGCCUAAGGUACUAUCCAACCCAGUGAGACAAUUUAGGCCUUAGCUUUGGAGUUGUUUGUUAGGCCAUGAGUCCAUGACACUUUGUUAGCUCAGAUCAAUGGACUCAGUAGAAACAUAGAAACACACACAACAACACUGAUCUCAGUCAUAUUUCCCCUGCUAGCACUGCCAAGGUAUAGCAAGAUGGCUCACUCCCUAAAACACUACUGUACAUAAAGAAUCACUUUUUUUUAGUUUUCAUGUACAUUUUUCUCUCUUUUUUUUGGCUUUACUUAUUAUUAAUGGACAAAUGUCAAUUUUGCUAAGAAAAUUUGCCCUUUUUGUUGCCGCUUUCAUGUCCAGUAGCACUUUUAUUGUACAUAUGUUUUAGAAACCGAUUUUAAAAGACAAUUUACAGUAGCAGAGAAAGUGGUUGUGAACAAGUGGUGACUGUACAAUAGUAGACUGUCAUGUCUACAGAUGUAGGAUCUUAAUUUGAGCCAGUUUGCUACAAAUAAUCCUGCAGCAACAGGAAAUGUGAAUUAUUAUGUGAAUUAUAAUUCAUCUACAUUUUUGUAGGGGUUGAUACAUUUUUCAUAAGGGGAAAUCAGGUCUGAAACUUCAGAAGCCUUUAAACCUUGAAUACACUACACGUUUUACAUUUCUUGCAUUGCAGGAAAGUUCUGCAACAGGGUGAUCUAAUUAAGAUACUAAAUCUGUAUGUGGUCAUCUCUUGCCCCACACACACCACAGGCUUGUAGGAUCAGCAGGUUAGGAGCAAGAGGAGAGACGUCUGAAAGGAGGAUAUAAGUAAUAAGAGAACACUAGUGAUAAGUGACUGUUACCCGCCUUUCUCCAUUGCGCCGUGCAGGCCUGGGCUACCGUAGGAGAAGAUUGCAUCAACACCAUCUGGCCUCCCUCCACCCUCUCAUUCAUAAACAUAUUUGGCUUAUUGGUCGGUAACUGACCCAACGACUCAUCCAUUCAUGAGUCACAUGUCUGGGAAAGGAAAGGACAGGUGGACCUGUUUAGUUUCUCCUACAGUUGUGUGCCAAAUGGCACCCUAUUCCCUAUAUAGAGCACUACUUUUGACCAAGGCCCAUGUUGCAAAUAGGGUGUCUUUUGAGAUGCCUGCAGUGUGACUAGGUUCCCCCCUCACUCACAUUCAUUAAUUUGGUCAGAUUAUGAUCUCAUCUGUUAUGGUAAAGCAGGAAGUACCUGCUCAAUCCUUCCUGGAUCCCUGAGUAAUCUAUUGCCUUCAUGCCUGUGAAAGGAAAUUAUAUUUGUGACACUGGGGGAGCACUGUUUUUGUUUCCUGUUAUGGUGUUGGUUGGGCGAGUGAAGGGUGGGGCACAUUAUCCUAUGGUGUUGAAGUGAGGGGAGGGACAAUUCCAGGAUGUGACAUCACUCAGCCGCGUUCAUGCUAUGUAUGUUAGUUUCAUGUGUACAUGUAUGUAUUAAAGAGAUCAGUCGAGUACAUUGAUUAAAAUGACCAGGUGUAAAUGUGCCAAGUAUGUAAUAGUCAUCCUUUUUACAUUUUUUAUGUUUCUUGAUUUUUGAAUGACACAUUUACAGGCUACAGCAGUAUAGGCUACUUACAAUAAGUCUCAGGCCUCUCUCACUGUUCAUUUGUAAAUGGGUCAAAUUUGGGAUUGCUUUGUUAUUUGAAACUCCGUUGCUUGUUCCAUUUGUUGUAGAAUUUGUCCAUGGAAAGUGGGUUGAGCUGCUGUAAUCCCUUACCUGUUCUUACCCAAUAUGGGGAUAUUUUCAUCUAUCAAAACACUCCUUCCUAUUCACCACCAUUUUAUUUGCUGCUGAAGAGAAGUAGAUGAAUACUAAUUGUAUCGUAUAUGAAAAAUGGUAACUAUUGCUAUGUUUCGUUAUAGGCAUUAUGGCAUAGUGACGCUAAUGUAAGAGCCAUCAGAAGGUAAAGUGGCUUUCAACUGCAAGCGGAUUUCAGUGCCCUGGCCUGAUGCCUGUGGUAAAAAGGGGAAAGGAUUGUUCUUUUUCAGUCUCAGCUGUAGAAUGUUACAUAGUUUUUAUGCCAAGUAUGUGCUAUUUUUCUUCUACUUUCUCUCGUUCUACUGUAUAUUAAUAUAUUUACCUCCCUCACUCUUCCUCUUCUGAAAUAACAGCUAUAUUUUUAAAUAAAAAGGGAAAGCUGGUCAUCUUUA